AUGCUCCUGCACCAGACCAGAUACGGGAACAUCUAUUCUCUCUUUACCUCUCUCUUCUCUCUCUCUAUCAUUUUGCGUCUAUUAUCUAUCUAUAUAUCUAAUCUGUUCCAUCUAUCUAUCUAUCUAUCUAUCUAUCUAUCUAUCUAUCUCACUCUGUUCCUAUCUAUCUAUCUAUCUAUCUAUCUAUCUAUCUAUCUAUCUAUCUAUCUAUCUAUCUAUCUAUCUAUCUCACGUUCUAUUCAUAUCUAUCUAUCUAUCUAUCUAUCUAUCUAUCUAUUUAAAGUCUGUUCCUAUCUAUCUAUCUAUCUAUCCAUAUCUAUAUCUAUCUAUCUAUCUCAGUCUGCUAUCAUAUCUAUCUAUCUAUCUAUCUAUCUAUCUAUCUCUCAAGUCUGUUCCUAUCUAUCUCAGUCUGUUCAUAUCUAUCUAUCUAUCUAUCUAUCUAUCUAUCUAAGUUUGUUCCUAUCUAUCUAUCUAUCUAUCUAUCUAUCUAUCUAUCUAUCUGUCUAUCUAAGUCUGUUCCCAUCUAUAUCUAUCUAUCUAUCUAUCUAUCUAUCUAUCUAUCUAUCUAUCUCAGUCUGUAUCUAUCUCAGUCUAUCUAUCUAUCUAUCUAUCUAUCUAUCUAUUUCAGUCAAUGCUGCUUUCUUGUUCCACUUCUUUAUCUCUAUUAUUUUUUUCUCGUUUUCUUUUCUCGUAUCUCAUUUAUUUUUCACUUUUUUUUUUCUCAUUCCCAGUUCUUCAUUAACAAGUAAUGUUCUUCUUCCUUCGCUGCUCUUCAAUAAUUUUUCGUUUAUUCCUUCAUCUAUCAUUUCGCUAAACAUACCAUGGGGCAGCUGUGAAUGCAGCUUUCUUCCUUAUAUUUCCUUUUUCUUUCUUUCUUUCUUUCUUUCUUUCUUUCUUUCUUUUUUUCUUUGCUUCUUUCUUUCUUUCUUUUGA